AGAACUAACCAAUCCUGACACCCCAGCCCAGACCAGCCCGGAUAACGGUCUCGGUCACGUUUUGUAUAAUUUGGAAAGCAGAAUUAUCACUAAGCAUGGCGAUUGUCACUAAUGUGCAAGAGGUCCGUGAGAUCACCAAGAUAGAGCGUAUCGGUGCCCACUCUCAUAUCAGAGGUCUAGGAUUGAACGAUAGUUUAGAGCCGCGCAAUGUUUCCCAAGGCAUGGUUGGCCAGCUCAAGGCACGUCGAGCUGCCGGCGUUGUCAUGGAGAUGAUUAAGGACAGUAAAAUAGCCGGUCGCAUUAUUUUAUUAGCCGGACAACCCGGCACAGGAAAGACUGCCAUUGCUAUGGGAAUGGCGCAAGCUUUGGGCACGGAUACUCCUUUCACAGCAAUGGCUGGUUCAGAAAUUUACUCUUUAGAGAUGAGUAAAACAGAGGCGUUGACUCAAGCCAUCAGGAAGUCUAUCGGAGUUAGAAUAAAAGAGGAGACGGAGAUUAUAGAGGGUGAAGUAGUAGAGAUUCAAGUUGACAGGCCAGCAACUGGAAUUGGAGUGAAAGUCGGCAAAUUGACAUUGAAGACUACCGAGAUGGAAACAAUUUAUGAUUUGGGAAAUAAAAUGAUUGAUUCCUUAAUGAAAGAGAAAGUACAGGCUGGCGAUGUCAUUACGAUUGACAAAGCCACGGGAAAGAUCAAUAGACUUGGACGAUCCUUCACCAGAGCUCGAGAUUACGAUGCGACGGGUUCGCAAACGCGUUUCGUGCAAUGUCCAGAGGGCGAGUUGCAGAAACGCAAGGAAGUUGUGCACACCGUGACAUUGCAUGAAGUUGAUGUGAUAAACAGCAGAACGCAUGGCUUUUUAGCAUUAUUCUCCGGAGAUACCGGGGAGAUCAAAUCGGAAGUGCGAGAUCAGAUAAACGCUAAAGUUGCGGAAUGGCGAGAAGAAGGCAAGGCAGAAAUAGUUCCGGGUGUACUCUUUAUCGAUGAAGUGCAUAUGUUGGAUAUUGAAUGUUUCGCAUUUUUAAAUCGAGCAUUGGAGAAUGAAAUGGCUCCGGUUGUAAUUAUGGCAACGAAUAGAGGUGUCACAAGAAUCAGAGGGACAAAGUAUAGAAGCCCCCAUGGAAUUCCUAUUGACUUGUUGGAUCGUAUGAUUAUCGUCCUCACGACUCCGUACCAAGAAAAGGAUCUAAAAGAAAUCUUAAAAAUAAGAUGCGAAGAGGAAGAUUGCGAAAUGGCCGACGAUGCUCUCACCGUAUUAACGAGGAUCGCUUUGGAAACGUCGCUGAGAUACGCGAUACAGCUAAUUACGACGGCUUCUCUCGUCAGCCGCCGAAGAAAAUCUACAGAAGUCAGUAUCGAGGAUGUCAAGCGUGUCUAUUCUUUAUUUCUUGAUGAGAAUAGAUCUACGCAAUUUCUCAAGGAAUAUCAAGACGAUUUUAUGUUCAAUGAAUUCCCUGCUGAAGAUAACAUGGACGUUUCUUCAUAAUACAUUGUAGUACAAUGUACAAAAAAAUCACCUUUUUUAAAUUAAGUUACAAGUUACAAGAAUUAAUUACAAUAAAAGUUUUUUAAUGUAAAGAUAGUGGAAAUAUGUAUUCUUCUCUGUCUCGCUGUCACUAUUAUACAUAUACAUAUAAUACUGCAUAUUAUUUUUAAUUAUACAUGUUUUGCAUUAUCCUCUCUAUCUCUAAGCUAAGCUUUUAAACGUCUUGAAUCACAAUCAGUAAGGUAAAUAUACAUACAAGUAACUUCGUAUAUACAAUAUUGUACAAGUCUGCUUAUUAAUUUUGAUUUAAUAUCUUAAAGACAACAAAUGCAUACUUUUGAUGAUAAAAGUAUUAUAAUUAACAUAUGUAGAGGUCUGUUUUUGGUGUAGUGCUUUUAAAUUAGACAGCGAGUACUUGCAGGAGGUUGUUGUGAUAUGAAGAAAUGAUGAAGAACGCAGAGCGCUUUUUCGCAGAGUUUCAGUACAGCUUGUAUUCUCCGAAGAUGUACGCCUCCAAUAAAUAUUACUUGAUUACAU